GUUUCAGCAUUUGGCCUACUAAGUUCCACAUCCCAGGAAUCUCUAUAACAUGCCCUAUCCGCUCAUCUUCAUUCCUUGUUCUUGCUGUAUAAUCAAAAAGUUUGUUCAUACAAAAGAUGCUACUUCAAAUGAACAACAAGAGCUUUUUUGUCAGAAGUUGCAGCAGUGUUGUAUACUGUUUGAUUUCAUGGACUCUGUUUCAGACUUGAAGAGCAAAGAAAUUAAAAGAGCAACACUGAAUGAACUGGUUGAGUAUGUUUCAACUAAUCGUGGUGUAAUUGUUGAAUCAGCGUAUUCUGAUAUAGUAAAAAUGAUCAGUGCUAACAUCUUCCGUACUCUUCCUCCAAGUGAUAACCCAGAUUUUGACCCAGAAGAGGAUGAACCCACGCUUGAGGCCUCAUGGCCUCACAUACAAUUGGUGUAUGAAUUCUUCUUGAGAUUUUUGGAGAGCCCUGAUUUCCAGCCUAGCAUUGCAAAACGAUACAUUGAUCAGAAAUUUGUACAGCAGCUCCUGGAGCUUUUUGAUAGUGAAGAUCCCAGAGAACGUGACUUCCUGAAGACUGUACUGCAUCGAAUUUAUGGGAAAUUUCUUGGAUUAAGAGCAUUCAUCAGAAAACAAAUUAACAACAUUUUCCUCAGGUUUAUAUAUGAAACAGAACAUUUCAAUGGUGUUGCUGAACUUCUUGAAAUACUAGGAAGUAUUAUCAAUGGCUUUGCAUUGCCACUGAAAGCAGAACAUAAACAAUUUCUAAUGAAGGUUCUUAUUCCUAUGCAUACUGCAAAAGGAUUAGCUUUGUUUCAUGCUCAGCUAGCAUACUGUGUUGUACAGUUUCUGGAGAAAGACACAACACUGACAGAACCAAACAGGGUUACGAAUGAUUCCUCUGUUGGUAUCAGUGACCCAGGACUGGCUCAUUUUCAUUUCAGAACCAUUGUAGCACUGGUGUAUAACGUGUUGAAAACGCUAAUGGAGAUGAAUGGCAAGCUGUUUGAUGACCUUACUAGUUCAUACAAAGCUGAAAGACAGAGAGAAAAAAAGAAGGAACUGGAACGUGAAGAAUUAUGGAAAAAAUUAGAAGAGCUAAAGCUAAAGAAGGCUUUAGAAAAACAGAACAGUGCUUACAACAUGCAUAGUAUUCUCAGCAAUACGAAUGCCAACUAACAGCCUACCACCUCUAUUGGGUAGGCACAGUUUUGUACACUUUUUUGAAACAUGUAAAAAUUGCAAAGCAAACUUCAUCAGUAUAACUAAAAGGCCAACUCGUUUUUUUCUGGCAACUGUAAGUGAUGGACUAAACAGCCCCAUGCUAUAUCAUGGCCACAGUAUAUUGUAACCUCUGUCUAAUCAUUGAUUUAUUGUGUCACUUCUGAAGUUUCACAGAAAUGAAUAUUAUCAUCUAUGAUAUGAGUGAGAUAAUUAUGGGAGUGGUAAGAAUUAUGACUUGAAUUUUUUGAUUGUGUUGCACAUAGAUCAGUAGUCUGCUUUGUAUAUUUUUCUCUUUUAUAAUGUGCUUUUCACAUUGCUGCAAACCUUAGUUAUAUCCUAGGAAAGAAUACUUCCGAAAAGAAAACUAAGGUGCCAUCCUUUCCCUGCCCUUUGUCUCCCCAGGAACAUGAUGAUGAGUUCCCUGCCUAAGCCCACCUUCACUAAAGAUCUUAAUUGUACUCUGGAAUUUGAGCUUACUCUUAAAUCUCUAGGCUUUUAAAGCACAAACUAUAAAUAAAAUGGGAAAGUAAACCAAAAUUCUUCAGGCUGUCCCUCAUGAAUAUCCCCAUCAGCAGCAACGCCCUAGAGUGCACACAGGUAACUAGUGGCUACCCAGGUAAUGCUGGACUUGCCUCUCAAUUCAUUCCUCCUCUUCCUCCCCGAGGCUGGAGGCAGGGCCUUUCCAGUCCUCCCAAUCUGCCUUCCCCCAGGCCUCUUGACCCAGGGUGGAGGUUUUGAGUCCCACAAUGUGGUGAUGCCGAAUGCUAAUUGUCACUGCCAGCUUUAUUUAAAGGAAAUGCAGUAGCCUUCCUCUGUAGAGUUCUGAAAAAGUUGACUACAUAGAGGCCUUGUAUGUUUUUACCUAGUCAAGUAUUUCUCACAUCUUUUGUUAUCAGAGUACCAUUCCAAUCUCUUACCAUGCAGUUGUAUGGAAACUGUUUUAUAAUGAAAGAUCUUCACUGGGGGAUUGAGCAGCAUUUAAUAAAGUCUAUGUUUGUAUUUUGCCUUA